AUGGUGUCGUCCUCUGGAAACGAUGGAACGAAGAGCCCCACGCCCAAGGAAGCUGCGGAGGAAGCCGAACGUGAAGCACGCCGCAAACUUCGAUCUGAUGAUAGAACACAAGAAGAAGAAACCAUGGCACCCACAGAAAACAAAAAGGAAACCAAACCUAUCAUCACCGAUCCCAGACCAGAGGAUAUUCUCUUUGGAAAGGCUGGUGUUGUCAGCCAUCAUCCAGGAACCCAAAACUUCAGAACCGUAAUUGAUAAAUUUGCUCCAAAGUUCCAAGAACCAAUUUCCCUUUCAGAAAGGAUGGAACUUGUCAGAAAAGUCGACGAGAGCCUCGGCAACUCUCGCUUCAUCGUGUACAAUGCCAAUGCCAACGGCUGGGAAGAGCAUGACUCGCACCAACAGCAAUUGAAGAUCAUCUUACACGCUCUCUAUCGCUCCAGAGACAUGGCUGGUUGUAUAAUGACGAAAGAGUACGAACAACAACUUGCCAAGAGUGCUGGCCUGAUGAGAGGUAUCGUGGAGGAGUUGCAGGCGUUCUGCCAAACAGACAACUUUGGGAGUCAUUGCUACAAGGCUGGGUUGGAAUCGGCAACGUUUCACCCCAAUGCACAUCUACUACAAAAGGUUGGUUGUUGUGGCGCCCGUGACAAGUUUGCAAAGGCUCUUUCCGAUCUGCAGGAUGGGGCUUGUUUGGGAGUUGUAUUUCACGGGACGUCCCUUGGCAAUAUUGGCUACAUUCUCCGGCAUGGUUUGAACCCCAGGAGGAAACGCAGAGGACAAGCAUACGGUCCUGGAGAGUACUUUAGCAAGAAUCCUGCCGGGUCCAUUGCAUUUUGUCAUGGUGGAUUGGAGAUGCUCGUCUUUGUCGUGGUGUUGCCUUCGUCCGUGAUUGUGCAACCCAGCUGGUUUUGUCCGGGCCGCUACCGCACCAUCCCCAAAGACUAUGUCAUCGUCAACAACAACCAUCAUCAGCUUCCCAUUGGCACCAUACGCUUUAAAAAGGUGCAUGAAUCGUUCGCCAACUCCUCGAGAGAACGACGAAGCUCAUUCCUCCAGCUCUCCAAGGAAGUGCAUACCAAGAGCCAAGUGGCCAAAGGGGGACUCAUCAAGGCCCAGAUCAUUCAACAUCUCAUUGCGGAAAACAUUGAUGCGGCAUCCGAGCACUACGAGAAACAUCGUACAUGUCUCUCUACGGCUUCACGGAAGGAAGUGGCUUGGUAUGUCCACAAAAAGGUGGAUGCGGGAGUCAUUCCCUUCCUCUUCUCUGAGCUGCCCGAACCCAUUACGGACAAGGAAAUGGAGCUAGCCAAGAUUCAAAGUGUUGACGAGGUUGUUCGACAAGAAUACGAAGCCAAGCAGCGACUUGAAGCCGAACGAGAAGCCGGGGGUGGUCCUACUGGUAAAGACAGCCAACCAGGACUGUCAAAAUUGACCCGGAAAAGAUCUUGUUGGCGGGGUUUAUUGAGGGUCGUCGCUGGCUUUUUGCAGCGGCAAACAACGAGUUCAACUGCGGGCAGCAACAAAGGGGGGUUGCCGGACUCUCCUGGCGGUACCAGCCAAUAA